CCGGAGACAUCAGAAGCACAUCGCAGUUUCUCUGAUGUAAAAUAGCGCACGCGAAGAGCUUUGUCGUAAAUUUUGCCGCAUGACUCUAUACUGUUCUUUGUCAUAGUUCAAAGAAUACUUUAGUAUAACGCUCCUGAGGUACUGUAGCAGUUUUAAAUGUUAGUUUAUCAAUAGUUGUGCACGAAAGCAAUACGAACUGUUUAAAAUGCCAGUUGAAGAAGAAUUGUAUUUAACCGGCACAACUGGUCGGACUCAGAGCAUAUAUCAGCAACCCUCAACAGGAGAGAAGCACGUACUCUUUUACCCGACGAGUCCAGCACCCUCCGCUAACUCCGAAGAGCGUCGCAGUUGGUCUCAGGCAUCUUCAUCUGCUGCCGCUAAUGCGACGAGCAAUCACAAGAUAUCCAAUAAUAAUCAGGAUAAUUCCAGAACGAAAAAAUCCGACGGCAUAAUGUCAAACCCCCAAGAAGUGGAACGAACGCAAGACACAAAUAGUUCGAGACAAUCUGAAUCAAAAUAUCACUUCAAAAUCGGAAUUUACGGCUGGAGAAAGCGAUGCCUUUAUAUUCUAAUACUAGGACUCUUAAUUAUGGUUAUAAUUAACUUAGCUUUAACGUUAUGGGUACUUAAAGUAAUGGAAUUUUCAUCGCAAGGUAUGGGUCAACUCAGGAUAGUUGCUGGUGGUUUACGUUUGGAAGGACGAGCGUUCGUUUUAGAUGCGUUAAUAGCUAGCACAAUUCGUUCACGCGCUGGCCAACCUAUUGUAAUCGAAUCUAGUAAAAACUUUACCAUAACAACGAGGAACGUUGCAGGUGCAAUGGAUAAUCGGAUAUUUUUAGGAAAUGAUCGUUUCGAGUGCCUAACAGAUAACUUUAAAGUAAUAAACACAAAGGGAAGUGUACUGUUCUCAGCGGACCACAAGGAAGUAAUCUUGGGGGUGGAUGUGCUACGAAUAACGGGCGAAGGGGGUACGGUUUUCCACGGCUCCGUUCAAACUCCGCUAGUGCGUGCCGAGUCCGGCCACGAUUUAAGAUUAGAAUCGCCGACAAGAUCGUUAGAAAUUCGCGCUCCAAUGGGAAUCAAUGUAGAAUCAAGAUCCGGAGACAUUAAAUUAAUGUCACUUAAUGACAUCAAAUUAAAGUCUGUCGCAGGGCAAGUUAAACUUGAGUCCAGUUCCAUUCUAAUGCCUCAAUUACCUCACGCCACAUCGUCCCCAAGAUCCGUGCAAACCAAAUCUGAUGAAAUCUUUCAGCUGUGCGUUUGCCGCAAUGGAAAACUUUUUAUUGCGCCCUCUCAUUCGGUGUGUUCAGGUUCGGAUGAGCACAUUUGUCGGUAAAAUCGGCUUUUAUUUUUAUUUCAUUUUUGUUGAUAGGUUAAUCGAACUCUGUAUAAAUACGUAUAAAUAUAAUUAAUGUGUAUAUAGGUAAAUAGAAUUUAUUGAAUCGACGUAUUUUUAUCUCGCCUGGUGUUUAUAAUGUACAUAUGUAAAUUAAAAUGUGUAAAAUUAUACCGUACAGGAGUUUGAAUCCUAAUAAGUUUUGUAAUUAUUUGUAUAAUUAUUACUGUUAGCUAUGGCGCCUAUUACUUGAAUUAUUUAGAGAUA